UAAUGAGCAAUCCUAUCAUUUUUUUAUUUUGAUAAACCAUCUUAACCUAUAGUCGAGUUUGAACUGAACGUUAGUUAUUUCAUUCCUUUUAGAUAGAAAAAAGUAACACAGAAUAUUGUUGAAUUAUGACAACUAAAAACAAAAAUCCCUCCAUGGCAUGGAACUUAGAAUAAAUACGUUAUAAAUGGUUCUAAAACAAACAAAAAACAAAGAAAACCAAAAUUCUACCAAGUAUGUUGGUACACUCUGAGGUUGUGGCAGGAGGAUUACUUUGAUAUCAAGAGUCUGAGACCUGCCCACGCAACACAGUAAGCCCCCAAUCACAAUAAAAAUAAAAAACAAAUAAAAAUAAAAUUUCAACAUAUUUUUCCUUGGACUAGAUUAUAAGAAAGAAUGAUUAUAUCUCCAAUCAUCACUAAAAAUCUUCAUUGAUGAGUGCAUAAUCAGAAAACACAAUACAUUUACAGGGCGUUGAAUAGGCAAUUAAUGAAUAUCGCCACCUUAAAAACUUGUAUUACUCAUGUAUUUCUCAUUCUCUAGUAUGUUAGCCCUCUUAGCAAGCAAGUAAAUUGAGGAACUAUGAAGCGAGUUCUAGUAAAACUCUUGCCUUAACACAAUUGAGAUGACCUACGAAGAGACUUUAGGAGCCAACAAGCUGGUUCAAACGGGCACAAUGACCAUUUAAAGAGAAAAACCGACAUCGACACUUGGCUUUUGUUCUACCUGUCUGCUAAAAUCACAAGUGAAUAGCUGGAGGGUACCGCUAGGGGGCAACAACACUCAGCGGCUUUGCCAGCGUUAGCACAUAGGGGCGCUCCCUACCUCCCUUUCGUUCAUCCCAACUUCCGCCGGAAGCGACUCGGGCAGUUGUUGUUCUCUUGUAAUUGGGCUCUGGUUUUGUGGUAGUUCGUCCUCUACCCCCUCCCCUAGCGGGUGAGGUUACAGCGACGGGCUGGAGAGGCAAAGUGGAGUUAAGACACUGGGAGCGAGAUGGACAUCCUGAAGUCAGAGAUUCUGCGGAAGCGGCAGCUGGUGGAGGACAGGAACCUGCUGGUGGAAAAUAAAAAGUACUUCAAGCGGAGUGAACUUGCAAAAAAGGAAGAGGAAGCUUAUUUUGAAAGAUGUGGCUACAAGCCUAUAAGUGAGAAGCCUUCUGGAGAGGUACAGCCAAAAGAGGAUGACCAGAAACCACUAACGUCAUCAAAUCCAGUGCUGGAACUUGAACUAGCAGAGGAAAAGCUUCCUAUGACUCUUUCUAGGCAAGAGGUCAUCAGAAGACUGAGAGAGAGAGGAGAGCCAAUGAGGCUGUUUGGGGAAACUGACUAUGAUGCUUUCCAGCGUUUAAGAAAAAUAGAGAUUCUCACACCAGAAGUUAACAAGGGCUUAAGGAAUGACCUAAAAGCGGCUCUGGACAAGAUUGACCAGCAGUACUUGAAUGAAAUCGUGGGUGGUCAGGAACCUGGAGAGGAGGACACACAGAAUGAUCUGAAGGUUCACGAGGAAAACACCACCAUUGAGGAGUUAGAGGCACUGGGGGAGUCCUUAGGGAAAGGUGACGAUCACAAGGACAUGGACAUCAUCACCAAGUUCCUGAAGUUUCUUCUUGGUGUUUGGGCUAAAGAAUUGAAUUCCAGAGAGGAUUACGUGAAACGCAGCGUGCAGGGCAAACUGAACAGUGCUACCCAGAAGCAGACCGAGUCCUACCUCAGACCACUUUUCAGAAAGCUCCGGAAAAGGAAUCUUCCUGCUGAUAUUAAAGAAUCAAUAACAGAUAUUAUUAAGUUCAUGCUACAGAGAGAGUACGUGAAGGCGAAUGACGCUUACCUUCAGAUGGCCAUUGGCAAUGCUCCCUGGCCUAUUGGUGUCACUAUGGUCGGCAUCCACGCCAGAACUGGCAGGGAAAAGAUUUUUUCCAAGCAUGUUGCCCAUGUCUUAAAUGAUGAAACCCAACGAAAAUACAUUCAGGGACUGAAGAGGUUAAUGACAAUCUGCCAGAAGCACUUUCCUACAGACCCGUCCAAGUGUGUGGAGUACAAUGCACUGUAAGGUGCUGUAAAGUCUGAGCACGGUGUGUAACAGGCGCCUCUCCGCGGCCCGCAGCCCACAGCCCUUAGCCCUCUGACUUCCAGCCUUACCAUGGCGACGAGGGAGGAGCUGCAGGGUGCCGCUCCACCGGGUGCACUUCCUGUUAACUUCAAAAACUGGGGUGCCUUUCACAUGGUAUUGGACUGCAAACUAAUUUUCGUGUCUUGAUUUAAUUUUAAUCAGUUGAAAAUUAAGUUCUAAAAAUGUUAUCUGGGUUUUUUUUUUUUCCUUUGGAACAAUUUCAAACUUUAUUGUCAAGAUAGCAGAAGCUUAGUUCACAAGAAUCAGCAGUAGUUGGUGAUCUACUUGCAAACACCUUUUUUUUUUUUUUUUUGGUGCAUUUCUCUCUACACCAUCAUGAGAGAGGAAGACCAGCAAAGAGUAGCAAAGUGAACUGACACCACACAGGGCUGCCCACCGUCUACUGGGCUAUAUUUAUACCCUUUCCAAAUAUCGUGCUUUCUCUCAAAUGUCUGCUCUAGCAAAGUAUCAUAUGACUUCUUUCCAGGCAGCUUACAGGAAAACACCAUGUGUCUGUUCUUAGCAAAAUAUACCCCCACCUCUUUGCUUCAGCAAAAAUAUACUCUUAUAAGACAGCUUCCAGAAAAACAUCUCAAGUCACAACCAAGUCUCCAAAAAUCCAAAAUUUCUACUUUAGAAGCUUUUAUGUGGCAUUUAAGAAAUGUUGAUUUUCAAAUACCUUUCACUGAGCUUCAAGGAGUCAAUAUGUCUCUAUUUUAGAAUACAGAAUUUACAUUCAUACAAUGGUAUUUUCACAAAUAUAUCCUUUAGGAAUUUUUCUGUCUCUUUGUCUUUGUCCAUGUCUUUGUCUCUACCCUCCAUAUUUCUCUGUUUCUCUGUAUCUGUCUGUUUUUCAGUUUGCCUUUGUCUUAACUGUCUCUCUCUUCUGUGCGUGUGUGCAUGUGUGUGUGUGUGUUCCUCAUUUUGUCACGAAAUCUUUUUUGUUCAUGUUCACCCUGACCAUUAGAGUAGAAUUUGUUGCCACUGCACAUGAUCAGAAAGACUACAUGUAGAUCACUGAAGCUAAGAGAAACAAUCAUGAUUUAGUGAACCACACCUCUGAGUAUAGUUGACAGCCUGACAUUGGGAUAUGGACAACAAUCUAGGCACGCUCAAUUGAAACAAUUCUACAACAUAAGCCCACUUACUGACACUUUUUUUUUGUGCUUUUUUUUUUCAAAAACAUACUUCAUAUUUCCUCUUUUAUUAUAUAAAUAUCGGUUUAACUUUUUACUGUAAGAAUAUAAAUGUUUUAAGAGGAUCUUUGUUAUCAUUUAUACAAAUUCACAAACAGUACAAUUAAUUGAUAAAGGCCUCUGGGUUUCUCCAUGGUCUCUCAUGUUGCUGUGAAGGACUCUUGAGGCAGGGCAGCUGCGUGAUGCGCACCAGGCCACGAUUGGUGAUCCUAGUGCAGCCGUACAGGUCUAUGCCUGUGAGCUGGCUCAGGUGCUCAGCGAUCAGCUCCAGUCCCUUGUCUGUGAUGCGCACACACUGUCCAAUGUUGAGCGUGCGCAGCCCGUGCAUCUGCCGCACCAUGCGGUUGAUGCCAUCGUCACUGAUAUGGCAAGAGCAAAGAGAGAGGGACUUGAGGCCGUCCAGUCCCUGGGCUAUGUAAGCCAGGCUCUGAUCUCCCACCUUGUCACAGAAUGACACAUCCAGACCGGAGAGGUGCAGGCUGCCCAUGGCCAAAUGCAUGAUGCCGGUGUCGCUGAUGUUGUCGCAGGAGCGCAGGUUAAGGCUGCGCAGGCUGCCCAUGUGCGACAGGUGCAGAAGGCCCGCGUCCGAGAUCCGGCCACAGAAGCUGAGGUUGAGGAGCCUGAGGCCCGUCAGCCCUCGCGAGAUGUGCUUCAGAGAAAGAUCCGUGAGUUUCUGGCAGUCCUGUAGAGCGAGCUGUUCCAGGCCCAGGCAGCCCUCGGCAGCGCUGCGCGUCAUGCCGGCCAGGUGCCCGAUGCCCACGUCCGAGAGAUGGCGGCAGCUGCGGAGGUUAAGGCUCUUGAGGCGCUGCAGCCCCCAGGCGAUGAACAGAAGACCGGUGUUGGUGAUGUUGCUGCAGCGCCCCCAGCUCCAGCACCUCCAGGCCCUUGAGGUACUGGGCUAUGCGGCCCAGGCUGCUGUCUGUGAUCUGCUUGCAGAGGCUCAAAUUGAGAGCGUGCAGCGAGCCGAUCUGCACGAACGCGUGGCCCAGGCCGUUAUCGGUGAAGUUGUAGCAGCGGCUGAGGUUGAGGCUCUCGAUGUUCGCUAUGCCCUGGAUCACGUAGCUGAGGCUGCGGCGGAAGCUGAGGAUCUGCACGCGGCGGAUGCCCCGGCCUGAAGGCUGGGGAACACCAACGGGUUCGACGGGCCCAAGUGCAGCUUGGCCUCCACGCCCGGCCACACUGACUUGUGGUAGGCGGCGUCCCGCCAGGCCGUGCACACCUGCCCCGCGCGACCCUAGUCUCGGACGUCCAAGUAGCCGAAGAUCAUGGCCAGCAGCUCCGGGAACAGGCACGAGAUGUGGGUCUCCAUCUUCCUCCCCGCCCCGGGAGGCGCGGAGAGCGGGCCAUCGCGGGCCAACCUUAUCUGGGUUUUAAAUGUGGAGACAACAAUACCACAGGAAAGGGGAUUUGGGAUGACCAUUCUCAAGAUCCAAAAUGUGUCAUUGGAUACCUAGAAGCAUUUGAGGGUGUCUUCGAACUGUUUGUAAAUUGUGAUUUGCACAUUUUUCUAUGUGGUAUUUAUAGAAAAUAUUUUUUGUAUUUCAACAAAAGUGUGGGACCACUGACUGCUCCUUCACAGUUCUUAUGUUCGUGGACUCUUCGCUGUCUUUCAGUAGGUGUAAUGGUACCGAUAAGUGUUAUUUUUCUUGGGUUUCAGACUUGCUUUUCUUUCUACAGAGCACGUCUGUCACCUUGCUGGACAGACAGAAUUAAGGAGAUAGAAGGUUGAAAGUGUCCCAGCGUAAGUUCAGAACACCAGUGCAUCGAGGCCAGGGGGAAGAAGUGGGCCGUGGGCCAGCAAGAGCAGCAGCCUGGUGCCUGGAUCCGGAGAGUUUCUGGCUGCACUGUGCCUCACUCAGUCCUCACUUGCCUUACAAAAUGAGGACUUGCUCUGGGUCUUACAGAGUGGAGCUUUGAGCACCAUGACCACUCCGUCCCGCGGUGCUGAGAGAUCUGGACUAACACAGUGAUCUGUGCAGAUGGGCUGUUACCCCACCAGUUGGAUGCGUCAGAGAAGGAAGAGCGGGUGGGCCACAUCAGGACUGACGGCUCCCCAGCUCCGUGCUCUAACUCAGUCACCGGCAAGUUCCAUCUUGCUGAGCCUUGGCUCCCUUAUCUGACAGUGAUGAGAGUCCGCUCUCACAUGGGUAUUGUGUGGUGAUGGAUGCUGACCACUGCCUAGCGGGUGACAAGAGGGCACUAUUACCGCUCGUUACAGUGUAGACCACGGCCUUUCUGGGGCCCUGCGGCUACAAGUGCAGAGAGCAGGGCCUGGAGGCUGCUGUGGACCGUCCAGAGUCAGAGUUGUUUAUGUUGGCCCCUCGUGAGAAAGAGUAGAAGCCACUUUAGCUACUUGGGGUCCAGUGUGGGCAUGGAUAGCAUAGCCUCUCCAGUUAUUUGCCAAUGGCGGCUGUCUUGGGUUGAAUCAGUGUUCCCUGCACUACAGCUGAAGCCUUUUCUUAGGAUUAAGUCAUGUAGAACUUAGGGGUUAUUUGGCAGAGGAAACUUUCGUAAGAUGUUCAGCAAGUCCCUCCUGUGGCAUGAAGUUUUGUCAUGAGGGUCUUCUUUAUAAAUCCUAUUGAAAUGGCCAACUCACUCACUCUUCAUCCACUCCUGGGCCACACAGCAUGGGAAGUCACUUUAUGCUGUCUCCCUUCUCUUGAUAAUAUCCAUGUGAAGAAGAAACUGUAUCCUGAUAUCUGCAUUCCCUAACACUGAUCUGUGUGCGCUGGGCUUUUGUUCUGUUCUUUUCCCUGGUUGGUUUGUGUUUGAGCUUAUUUUGUGUGCAGAGGGAGUGUAUGUUCUAUAGGACUGACCUUAGUCAUUCUCAGGUCGGGUGGAGAAGCAUGGUACUAUGUGGCUCUCUCGGUCAAGUUUUUCAUAACCGAAAUUAAAAAGCUGUGUACAAAUUAAAGAAGCUGUAUGGAAACUGCUAGGACAUGUUGAAAAUGAUCUUUCCUUCAAGCCAUGGACAUUUACUUCUGCAUAGACUAUAUAUUUUAAAACAAUAAAGACAUAACUUUCCUUUUAAA